AUGGUCCACGACAAGGCUGCGAAGGAGGCCUUCGUCUCCAACCUUCUUGGAGGCACCGUUUCCGAAAUCAACCUUGUGACCCUCGUCGCGCCGUCAGCGCUCCUUCUCUGGUCUGUCCUGCAAGCGCGCCAAAACUUCUUCACCCCGUACACCGCUGCCGCUUGCGCCACCGACAUCCUCCUCAACUGCAUUGCCAUCCUUCUUGCGACCACGCUAUAUUCAUGGUCGCCUCUCCUGCUCAAUGCUCUUCUUAUUUCCCAUGCCGCAUUCGCCGCCUUCACAUCUGCUCCUCCGAACACGCACAGCCAUCCUCGCAUUCCUUCGCCAUCGAGAGACUCCGCGCCUACAAAGGACCCGCUUCCCCAGAAGCCGUUUGUCACGGCAUGGAGAGGUGCAAUGAUGAUCGUAACAUGCGCCGCAAUCCUGGCUGUUGACUUCAAGGUCUUUCCCCGCCGCUUUGCCAAGGUGGAGAACUGGGGCACCUCUUUGAUGGAUCUAGGGGUUGGCUCAUUCGUCUUCUCCGGCGGCGCCGUGUCCGCUCGCGCAAUCCUAAAGCAGCAAGCCAGCGGUAAAUCCUUACCAUUGACUACGCGCCUUUAUGCUUCGACCAAGCACUCCCUACCCCUCCUGGUUCUCGGGCUGGUCCGCUUGUGGAGCGUCAAAGGUCUUGACUACGCCGAGCAUGUGACCGAGUACGGUGUGCAUUGGAAUUUCUUCUUUACUCUGGGCUUCUUGCCUCCGUUUUUGGCCCUCUUUGAGUCCGCAUUUGCAUUGCUUCCUUCUUUCGCGGCGUUAUCAAUCAUUCUUGGUGUUACGUACGAGGGCGCACUGGAUUUCACGGACCUUACCGCUUUCAUAGUGUCGGCUCCGCGGACCAACCUUUUCAACCAGAACCGCGAGGGUAUCUUCUCCUUUUUCGGAUACCUUGCCAUCUUCCUUGCCGGUCGCGCCACUGGAAUGUACAUCUUACCCAGAGACACGAGCGCGGAUGAGAUCCCCGCCGCCGAUACCGACAGCGCUCGGGGCCGUACUUCUCGGCGCGGGUCUAACCUGCGCAAGAACUGCUUGAAGCUCGCACAAGGAUCUUUCAAUGAACUCCGUGGCGAACUUAGCCGCGUGAGCUUCAAUCCCUUCCGCAUUUCCCUCGCCUCACUUCCUCAGACGAAGCAACUUUACGGCAUUCUCAGGCACUCCGCCUUUGGCCGUCUCCUCUUUUGGGCCGUUGUCUGGAGCUCCAUGUACAUCUUAUCCACGACCUACUAUGGCCUUAACCUACGUGUCUCUCGCCGGCUCGCCAAUCUUCCCUACUUCCUCUGGGUUUCAGCCUUCAACUGCGGCCAAUUGGCCCUAUUUUGCGCUAUCGAGACGCUCUUCUUCCCUGGCAUCUACUCUGCUAAAACGCAAAAGGAAGAGAGCAAGAGGGCUAAGGAGGCAACGAGCAGAGUCCUGCAUGCGUUUAACAGGAAUGGCUUGGCCAUCUUCUUGCUCGCUAAUUUGCUGACUGGAUUGGUGAACUUGACCAUCCCAACGUUGGAAGUCACCCAGAUGCAGUCGAUGGCUGUGCUAGUGGUGUACAUGAGCAUUCUCAGCGGCGUAGCGCUGGCUCUGGACGCACAUAAUAUCAGCAUUAAGCUGUGA